AUGGUGGAGAGGCAGAGGGGGGGGGGGGGGGGUGUGCGGCUGCAGCUGCCGGAGCGGACAGGGAGGGUGGCCGUCGCUCUGACCAGCAGCACACGGCCGGCCGGAGACAUGGAGCCCCUGGAGGAAUACCACUCUCCGUUUGACUUCGAGCAAGGAGUCAACGCCAGCUACCUCUUCCUGUCCCCGGCCUACGGCGACACGCCGCCCAGCUCGCCGGCCGUCAAAAGCAGAGGUCCCCUGGAGAAACCGGAGUCGGUCCCCGAGAUGGGAGAGGACGCAGUGACAUCCGUGGGCCCGCCCCCCCCUCCAGCCAUGACAGAGGAGGAGCGUCAGGAGCUCCAGGAAGAGUUAGAUAAGGUUGAAGAUGAGAUCCAGACCCUGUCACAAGUUUUGGCGGCCAAAGAGAAGCAGCUGGCCGACAUCAAGAGGAAGCUGGGCAUCACUCCUCUCAACGAGCUGAAACAGAACAUCACCAAAACCUGGCAGGAGGUCACCACCUCCACCGCCUACAGGAGGACGUCUGAAACUCUGUCUCAGGCCAGUCUGAAGGCCACCGCCGCCUUUUCUAACAUGGGCUCCGUCAUCAGCCGGAAGUUUGAGGAUGUCAGGUGA